CACCAACUACGCAAUCUUUUUCUCAAGGCAUGUUCAGUCUUAAAUUCAUUCCUCGGGUGUCUCCUGGAAACGGUUUCUAUGGUGACAACAGCUCAUGAUUUAUCGGUAAUUUUAGUUCGCUUCGCGAAGGAACGGAAAAUCUUUUGAGGUUUCUCAAAGCCAGUAGACGCUAGUUCACUGACCACGCUAACAACAGCUGUCGGUCGCUCGUACAAUAUAAAUCCCGCGAAACGUGACUGCUUUGUCAUCUUGGUCACAAGUCCCUCUGCUGGAAGGUUCGUCUUUUACUUUGUAUGUUGGAGAUCAUGAUGCGAUUGGCCGUGACGCUAUGCAUUUUGGCCGUUGUGUACACCUUACCCUUAUCAACGGCGUUGUAUAUCAAGAGAAGUCCUGAUCAGAAUACAGUGUGCAGUCGAUCUACACCAUGCGGUUGGGGCGUCUAUGACGUUCAUAGUCGCUUGGUGCAGUUCUACAUGAAAGGCCCAUGCUACUGCCCGAAUGGAACACGGUGUGUAAGGACCACUGAUGCAUUGCUUAUUUAUUCUUUCGUCUACCACUGUCGCCCUCUAUCGAGACCAGCUGAACAUGUAUGGCCAGAAUACGAGGAGUAAAUGUAAUAUUGAAGCUUAAUAUAAACUCUAAGCCUAAAGCAAAAGCAUUUCCAUUAUACUCAGGAUAAAAUUAUAACUGUUUACUCUAGCUUGUGUAGCUUAAUAUAUCAUUGUAUAUAGCGGAC